ACGGACUCAGCAGAAGUUUGAGGCCGAUCAGAUGGAGAGGGUGUCGAGGUAUGUAGCGGAGCGCGGACUCGAUGUGCCCGGCACGAGUGGUGCAAGGGGAGGAGAGGCAGGGCGGCGUCCGACGGAGGGACGGGUCGGGGGAGAUGGUGGGCAUGGUGCGGCAGACCCCACUUUGGGUGGUGGAGGCGGUGAGACAGAGGAGGGCGUGAUCCACGUGGAUCGCAAGGCGCGUGGCCCGGGUGACGAGGGAGUCGCAGAACGGGAGGACUUGCCUGAGGUUUAUCCAGGCACUGGGGAGAGGUUGGAGGACUGGCGGAGGCGAGCAGGCAAGGGAGCUGCAACGGAGGGGUCUUCCAAGAGGAAGGAAGGAGGGAGUGAUCCGGCUGCCACCCCAGCAGGAAAGAGGCUUCGGCAGCAGAAGGUGACUGAUGUCUACGGUGGCGAGUGGGUUGCCCGCCACAAGAAGACAUUCCCUCGCUGGUUGUAUUCCAGCGGGGUCUCCUUCAAUGCCUUCCGCAACCAGGCAUGGAAGGCAUAUCAGCAGGUGCUUCUUGAGCAGCCUGGCAGUUUCCCGCGCGCAAUGCUCCCCAACCACUGCGAGAUUGCGAGUAUGCGGGCGGUGGAGACCCACCGUGCGGAGUUGGCGGAGGAGUUGGAGGAGGUGAGGGAACCAUUCUGGGUGACUGGUGCCACCCUCCUCUCCGAUGGGAGGAAAUCACGAGACGGGAGACCGAUCGUGAAUUUCCUUGUUGCUGGCUCUCCAGGGGUCGUCGUGUGCACGGCGAUCAAUCGAGAGGGCGAGCCGGACGAUGCAGUGCACGUCCUUUAUAGAUGGGUUACCAUCUUCCACGAGUUCAGCUUUGGUGGGCCGCAGCGGAUCAAUGCGAUAUGCACUGACUCCGCUUCUGCCUAUGUGGGGGCUGCUAGGGCAUUGACCUCGCCGUCCAUGCCUCCUGCACUGAGGAGGAUCACUUGGCUCCCGUGCUCCGUCCAUGUCUGCAACAAAUUGUUAUCCGACAUGGGGACGAGUUGCGACGCGUUUGUGGACGCGAUUACACGCGCUCGUGUGCUGGUGGUGUUUUUCAAAACCCACCAGGCCGCCCUUCAUUUUUUUAGGACGAGCAGCCCCGAGAAGGGGUUUAUUCUUUCUUGCGAGACGCGGUUCGCAUCUGUUUACUCCAUGCUAGAGAGGCUGUUGGCCCGGCAGGACACUUUGCAGGACAUGAUGCGAGGGGACGACGCGCGGGCUUUUGCUUCCAUCUCGUGGUCUGCCAAUGUGUGCGUCAUGGCGCGGAGGAUGGAUCGUGGAGGACAGUACAUGUCCCUCAUGAUCGAGUGGACACAAGAUCUUGUCCGCCGUGUCACGGUCGCAUGCGCCCCUUUGGGGACAUCGUUCACCGACCGGAUCAUCAGGCGUGUGCAGGCUCGCAUACAGCACAUGCUUGAGCCGGCUCACUACGCAGGGUUCUUACUGGACCCCCGCAGGCGACGCGUUCGCUACUUUUCGGGGCAGGUGGAGAGGUACGAUGCUUGGCUUGUGGGGCAAGCCAAGAGGYACAUUUUGACGCAGACGGGAUUCGAGCUGGAGGGUGCGGAGUACAUCCUUGCAUGUCGGCAGUUUGAGGACUUCCACAUUCAGCAGGGCAGGUUCGGGGAUUGGGGCGGUCCAGAGGGGCGUGCUCGUGGGUGUGCGUGCAGCGGCGACAGCGAGACGAUUGAGUGCGCGUUUUGGUGGUCUCAGUUCGGGUCGGGCGCGCCACAGUUGCAGCGUUGCGCUCUUCGGGUGAUGCACAUGUGGUCUUGCGCCUCUCCAGCGGAGAGGAACUGGGAAGUCCACGAGGGAAUUCACACGAAGAAGCGCAACCAGUUGGCCUUCGAGAAGGUCGUGCAACUCGUUGAGAUCACCGCAAAUGUGCGGUUGACUGAGUAUCGGUGGGGUGGAUGCGGUUAUGUGCUGCCAUGGCAGCGGGACGAGGGCAUAGGCCAGGCGACGACCCCCACUCUGACGAGGUGGGAUUCGUCCAUGCCGCCACCUCCUGCUCCGAGUCCUGCACCACGAUCGCCCGUCUCACCACUUCAGCCGGACAGGGAGGAGUUGGGGUCCUCUUUGCCUUUGCAAGGCCUUCUCCACAGAGGCGGGGCAGUCCGCCAGCUUUGGUUACGAUCACCUUCCCCGGGGAUAGGGCAGGAGGAGGGGGGACCUUCGGCAACAGCAGUGGAGAGUUCGAUGGCACCAGCGGCUGUGUCGGACGCGACGAUCGCGGCCGYGGUGGAGGAGAUAGCAGCAGCAGCAGCAACAUCAGUGCUAGAGGAGAUGGCAGCAUCAGUGCUGGCGGAGGAUCCACCAGCGGCAGGAGGAGGUGCAGCAGUGGAGGGGCAGGUGGCAGCAGCAGGAGGAGCAGAUGGAGGAGCAGCAGCAGUGGAGGUUGAGGUGGCAGCAGCACUGGAGGAGGAGGACGCACUGUCGGCAACUGCAGUGGAGGAGGAGAUAGCCGCACAGGCCGAGGUGCAGCGUGGGGGCGAUGACGAGCGCCUCAUGCAGCAGUUCCUCACGGAGGAGCUCGGUCCGGCCAUAGCAGGUAUGACCCCCGGUGUGGAGAGGGGGUUUGGGAUUUUAAAUUCGGAGAUGGGGACCCACUUAGACUUGGAUUUGUCGGUGGGACUUCCACCCAGUUGCGGCGGGGCGACAUCGACGGAUCGGGCUCCAUCGAGGGACGAGGCGCCACGCAGGACUUCGACGCAGACCGCCAGAGAGAGGACGACGACUCUGUCUCUUGAUGCAGCACACGACAUCAUGGAGCGAGAGAGGGCUAGACUUUUGGCAUCGACUGACCCUCAUGCUCAGGCAUUCGCACGGGAUGUAGAGGACGCCAGGCGUCUAGAGAUAGGGGGGGAUUGUGUGCAGGGUGGGGUGGUGGCGGGGGAGGACGUUGCGGAGGGAGUGGCAGCAGAGCCGGUACCCAAGGCUAUGCCGGGUGGAGCAGAGACAACAGACGUUGCUGUGGAGGGGCGGACUCGUGCGGUGGAUGAGGCAGUGCAAGCAGGACAGCGACGAGUCGAGGGGGCUAUAGACUCACGACGAGAGGGCCACUUUGCUCCGCAGGAGGUCCGACGUCCUUUGGAUGCAGAGGAGUUGGCGAGAGAGGCUGUGCGCGAUGUUACUCGCUUGGACCGGCGGAUCUUCGACCGGAAGCUCGAGCACCCACCGUGGCAGUCGAUCCCUUCGGUUCCAUGGGGUCCUGCGUCGCCCGUGUGGUCUGGGUCUACCUCCACUGGAGGACAUACCGCGGGACAUGUUCCAGGGGUUUCGGGUGACGUGACGGAGACAGCGCCACACACAAGAGACAUGUCACCCCCUCCUCCCAGAGCACCUGCAGGUGAUCCAUCAUCGUCACCCACAGGCAGAGGCUCUCGAUCCCCACACACGCCUGGGAGAUCUAGGAUUCGUGACACGACAGCAGUUCAGCAAGACGUGUGUGACACGACGAUAUUCGGGAGGACAGAUAUACCUUUGGAUUCCACCCGCCGUGUCACGGAGCACACUGCACGCCUUCAGCCAGGCUUGGGAGGAGGAGGCGCUAGGACGACCAUGGCGAGGGAGGUACCGGCAUCGGGUUGUGAGCCUCAGCGAGGCCGUGGCAGAGGAGUGUCGACCGAUACCUUGGAGUACGCUCUGAGAGCAGCGACGCGUGCCGUGCAGGAGAAGACUCCACGCAAGCGUGGAGUACCUCCUCGUCCACGCCCCGUGCCUGCAGAGGGAGGCGCAGCACUUGGAGAGAGUUCGGGGGCGGAGGGGUUGGGGAUGCCUCGUGGUUCCCGUCGUGAGCAGACCAUUGCAGAGGCUAGUGCGAGGGUUGUUGUGUUGAGGAAGGGAGGAGGCCCAGUCACCAUCGAGGAGGAUGAUCCUGAUACGGAUGCGGCUGUGCAGGAUGGGGACGAGGACUACGAGGGUGAGGAGGAGGGAGUGGAGGAUAGCAGGAGCGGUUCCGAUGGUGACGACGACGACUACGAUGAGCCCCCACCUUCCCUAGGACCCCCACCGACGCGUGCAUCUAGACGCUCCGCUGCACGGACUUCUUCAUCCUCACGAGGGAGGAAGAGGUCAACAUCCGGCACUCGAGGGGGCACGAGGACACACAGCGGGAAGGGGAAGAAGGGUCGUUGAUCGAUGAGGCCAACACUCCGCUUCUCCCCUACUCGCACUGUACGUCGUCAUGUUGUGCGGUUGUAGUUUUUUUGGUAGUCUGAGUCGUCUCGUCUUGUCUCAGUAUUGUCAGACACUCAGUGGUUGUGUGCGUGCUUUACUUGUUGGUGUGUAUGAUUUUGAUAGCAGGAGGGUGUUCGUAGAGUAUGAUUUUGGUGCCAGUAGGCUGAGUAGGGUGUUCGUAGAGUGCCAUCGGUUGCACACUACUGAGUUCAGACUGUACAUUUUUUUUUUUUCUUGUAUCAUUUAGGCAGCUACGAAACGA